GCACGCCACCUAACCAUGGGGCCCCGCGCGGUACAGCGAACGGCGCACUGCUCACUCGAUCGGUGCCACCGGCGUGCCACGCUUCGCCGCAAACCCCGCCGCGUCUAUAUGACCGCAGCGCCUGAUCACUCCCCGUCACACAUCACGCACACACUCCUCGCCACUCCCAGCAGCGCCCCAACCGCCCGCCCCUCCGCCAUCCCUCCUCCCCGCCGGGAUCAAAGAUUCAAGAUGUCAAACAGAGCCACACAUUGGUGUUAUGCGUGCCGUCGGCCAAUUCGUCUUCGUGGACAAGAUAUAAUCUGUCCCAACUGCAAUGAUGGCUUCAUACAAGAGAUCAGUGAGACACGAGGCGCUUUGAACAACUACGGUAUGUUUGGGCCACGCUUCGAUGAUCGCCUAGAUGGACGAUUUGGAAUGAUGGAUGCUAUGUCUGCCCUCAUGCGUCGCCGGAUGGCAGAAAUGGGCAGCAAUCCUGUGUUUGAUCCUAAUGCAGCUUGGGCAAGUACUACACAAGGAAGGCCAUCCCCUAUUGGCCCUAGGCUGAUAUUCGGCAGCAACAUGCCUGCUCAGGGGAGCGACGACAGCGGAGUAAACGUGCUUGUCAGGGGAGGCCGCAGAAUCGGCGCUGACCGUCCAAACUUCAGUGGCUUCCUUGUCGCCGGCCCCAGCCUGGAAGCUCUGUUCGAGCAGCUGCUACUGCAGACCGACAACCGUCAAGGACCAGCGCCGGCUCCACAGUCCGCGAUCGACUCCAUGCCGGUGGUGAGGAUAACCCGCAGGCAUCUGAGCGAUGAUCCAGUCUGCCCAGUCUGCACGGAAAGAUUUGAAAUUGGCUCGGAGGCGAGGGAGAUGCCGUGCAAGCACCUGUACCAUGCCAGCUGCAUCAUCCCCUGGUUGGUUCAGCACAACUCCUGCCCAGUUUGCCGCCACCCGCUGCCGCCGCAGCGAGGAUCGGACAACAAUGCAGCCCGUCCACAACCUUCGGCCCACGCCGGCGAAGCCGUGAGCCGUGGGGUUGACGGUGCCGGAGCGGACCCUGGGCCUGUCAUGAGGAACGGCGCCGACGAAGGAGGGAGCCCUUUCUCGUUCCUCUGGCCGUUCGGGUCGUCGAGCUCCGGUCCCAGUUCUUACCAGUACGGAGGAGGCGGGGGUGAGCCUGCGCCUGCGGUUUACAACGACGACCCUGGGCAGAUAACCUACUCUGAGUGGCACUAUGAUCCGUGACACUCCCCUGAGCUCCUGCUCCAAGCUGGAGGCGUGGUGUGGAGCUUAGAUAUAUAUGAUGAAUCUGUGAUGGGUGCCUGUAACGUUCACCCAAACUGUCUACUGAGCAGAGUGAACUACUCCGUAUAUUCUGCAGUAAAGUAAACUAGUAUAUCGGACUGUACCAGUUCAGUUCCAGCUGAACUUUGUAUUGUCACACAUAAGGAUCUGUGAAGAGUUUGAUCGGUCGU